AUGGAGUAUCCCCCGCAAGAGGCCUUUUCUUCAGCACCCCAGGGCACGACCGCCUCGUUCGGAGAAGCUACUCCCGCCAGUGUCACCAAACUUGACGAUCCUCCCAAGUUUGACCUCGAGUCAUAUAUUGCAAACUACAAAGGUCGAACCCGAUUCAACCGUCUCUACCUCAUCGGAAUCACCUCCACCUACCUCUCCGUCGAUGCCCUGAAAGCCGCAAUUUCCGAGGCAAAGUCUGGGAAAGAUGUCGCGCGAUACGAAAAGGCCGUUCGCGCACUGUCGGAAGUAGCACCGGGCGACCAUGAUGCGACUCUCGACUCGGCGUGGGUUCAGCAAGUUCAGAAGGGUGUCAAGGCCGAAGGCGAUCAACUGGAGCGUGAACUGCGGGGAUACAAGAACAACUUGAUUAAGGAAAGCAUUCGGAUGGGAAACGAGGAUAUGGGAAAUCACUAUUACGAGACAGGUGAUCUGGUCGCGGCAUCAAAGGCAUACUCUCGCAUGCGGGACUACUGCACCACACCAAACCAUAUCGCCUCGAUGCUGUUCAAACUGAUCAAUGUGGGCGUCGAAAGGGGUGACUGGCUGAGUGUGACAUCUAAUGUACAGCGACUCCGCAACUCCCAGUCGAAGCCAGAGGAUUUGGCCCGGAAUCAGGCUAAGAUUUCCGCGGCCCUGGGUCUAGCACAGAUGCAUGGCGGAUUUUUCCGCGACGCAGCCACUAGCUUUUUGUCCGUGAAGCCGACUCUGGGAGAUACCUUCAACGACAUCGUUACCCCGAAUGAUAUCGCCGUCUACGGCGGGCUGUGUGCAAUGGCUUCAAUGGACCGCACCGAACUCCAGACAAAAGUUCUCGACAACGUGGAAUUCCGGAACUUCCUCGAACUGGAGCCUCACAUUCGCCACGCUAUCAAAUUCUUCAUCAACUCCAAGUUCCGCCCUCUCCUGGAUAUCUUGGACAACUACCGCACCGACUACCUCCUCGACAUCCACCUCCACCGUCAUGUGGCGGACCUCUAUGAGAAAAUCCGCAUUAAAGCCAUCCAGCAGUACCUCGUACCAUUCAGCGUCGUGAUCCUCGACACCAUGGCCGCCAUCUUCUCACCGGAAGUGGUAGGCGGCGAAGCACAUCCAGCCAGUCUCAAAUCGCCCUUCGUGAAGGAACUCGUCCGCCUCAUACAAGAAAAAGUACUGGAUGCCCGCCUCGACCUGGAAAAGGGACUUCUCAUCGUGAACGAGAAGGACACGCGCAUCGAGGCCCAGGAAAAAAUACUGAAGGACGUGCGAAAAUUCAAUGAGGAAAUGCACCUCCAAAUUUUGCGUGCGUCCGUCCUGCAAGCAGGCAUGGAGCUGCGGGCUCCGAAUCAGGAAUCCACUGCUCGGUUCGGACAUGUCUCUGCCGCGAGACGAGGACUGGGUGGUUCGCAGCGGGGUGGACCGUCUGGUUCCAAGUAG